AAUUAUUUAUUCCAAAUAAAUAAAUUCAUUGCUGUAGCCACCAAACAUCCUUAACUAUUAAGUCCACGUUGUAUUUUUUCCACCUAUAAAUUGACUAUUCCAAUUAGGAAUAUUCAUCGAACCAGACGUUUCUCCUCUAACCAAUAAGAUUCGUUUAGAUAAUAUUUAAAAAUGGCGAAUUUUAGUACUUUUUAUGAAGGGUGGCUGAGCCGUCAGGAGGACUACCUCCGACGGCUCGAGUCGCUACUGUCCCCAGUGGACGGUUUUGACCGGGAGCGGGAGUGCCGCGAGAUGAUCCCCCGGGUGAUGGAGCACUACCGGGAGUUCUACCGGGAGAAGGCGGCCGCGGUGGAGGAGGACGUGUUCGUGUCGAUGUCGCCGCCGUGGAUGAGCUCGUUCGAGCGGUCGCUGCUGUGGAUCACGGGUUUCCGGCCGUCGAUCCUGUUCCCGAUCAUGGAGGCGGCGCUGGCGGAGGAGGAGCUGGCGGCGGGGCAGCGGCGGCGGAUCGAGGAGGUGAAGGCGGAGUCGCGGCGGAGGGAGAGGGAGAUCACGCAGGCGAUGGCGCGGGUGCAGGAGACGAUGGCGGAGCAGCCGGUGUAUGGUUUGAUUAAGCAAUUCGGCGGCGGGGCGGCGGCGGCGGGGGAGAAGAUGAGGGCGGCGGUGGAGGAGGUGAAGGCGGCGAUGAGGGGGGUGGUGGGGGAGGCGGACGAGCUGCAGGGGUGGACGGUGGGGGAGGUGGUGGAGGCGCUGGGGCCGGUGCAGGGGGUGAGGUUUCUGGCGGCGGUGGGGCGGUUUCAGCUCCGGGCGCGGCGGUGGGGAGUGGAGAGAGACGGUUAAACUGGUUUGACUGAAAGAGGGAGAGAGGUUUGACUUUUUCCGUUGGAAAUUCUGUUUUAUGUUGGAAUCUAUUAACUAAUUUUGUUUUCUGUUUUACCUUUAAGUAACGGUUUAUAGUUAAAAGUUUAUGAAAUCGGAGGAAAUUAUAAUAUAAGGUAAUGUUGAAUUAUGA